AUGCACGGACCAAAUCGCAAGCGCUCGUUCGAUGACAACGAACGCGACAGCAACUACAAACGCUCACGGAUUGACGAACGAUAUGGAGGACCUAGACGACAUGAUAGACGUGGUGACCGUGGCGAACGCUUGAAUGAAAGUGAUCGUGCACGUGCUUGGCGAUUGGCCAAGAAAGCGAUCGUGGAGCUUGGAGACGGUGCGGAGCGUGAACAGUUAACACGCACAAGCGAAUUGAUGCUACGUGAGAUGGAGGCAGAUGCCCAGGAUGUAAAACUUGGUCACUUAGUGACGUUAGUGCUGCGUUCGGCCUCUCGCUUGGCUCAUAAGACAGCGCUGUACGCGACGCUUGUGGGGCUAAUAAAUGCCCGCAAACCUGCUUUUGGACGUGAAAUUGUAAACAAAGCUACACGCUGUUUGCAGCAAGACUUGGACUACUUUAGUGUCGAGAAGUUGGAGGAUUCUGACACAUCAGAUACCGAUGUCUUCCGUCGAGACGGAGACGUUACAGCGAUAGCCACACGCGUGCGGCUUACGGUACGACUCUUGGCGGAAUUAUGCGCUGCUCAAGUGUGCAAGGCUGAAGAUGUACUCGCUAUGCUGGACUCACUCCAGGGACUGUGCACGUCAGACGACUGGGACGGAGACGACGAGACCCACGCGUCUUUGAGAGUGAGAGAAGACGCAGCCGCUUGGAAAGACUUUUUUGCCUUAGUGGUGCUGAAUGCACUGCUACAUAGUGGCAAAGCGCUGGCCAAAGCUGCCGAAAACUUGUUUGACAGUUUAUUGAGUCGAUGCAGAGAAUACGUCUCGCACCGUGAAGACGAGAACAACCCGCGUGGCUCAAGUGCAGGCCCAUCGUCCUGGCGUACAAGACGCUUGCAAUUAACUUUAUUGUGGGGACCUAUGAGUAAUGACGAGAUGUCGGCAUUGUGUGCAUCCAGUGACGCAUUGUCGCUGAUAUGGGAUGCUCUGAGCGCUACUCAGAGUAGCGAUGGAGACGAUAAGGUUGCUGCGUGGAAACUACCUGGUGUCAGUCACCCGCAGGAAGUCUUUGCCCCGGACUUUGAAAAUGCGGAGACACAUACUCUCGAUGUGUCUCUUUCAGUCGACCUGGCCAAGCUUGACUCGAACAAGAUUCCAGCGUACACAACGUGGUUCCGUAUUCUUUCGGAUGAAUCUGGCGCUGUUGGUGCCGCUGUUGCAACUUUGCCACUGGCCUCUUAUCUCAUUACUCGCAGCGAUUUUGUAGAUGCAUUGGAGACGUUUUACCCAAAGCCUGCUAUUGCGGCUAAACUGCUGCUUGGUUUGUGUCAAGCGUAUAAUACCCGAUUUGCUUUGUUUUUGGCAGUGGAAGCUACUCCCGUAAAAAGCGAGUACUUGCUUGUGGAGACAUUGCUGGUGGCUGCUUUGAGUGAGAGUGCACGUGCCAAAUUGGGUUAUUACUGCUCGGUAUUGUACCAUCUUGUAAAGACAGAUGCUGGCAUUGUGUCCCCAGCUUUAGCUGUCGUUGUAGAGUUGCUAUUCCGUGAGGUGCCGACCAUGCGUGCUGCCGCCGUUGAUUCAUUUGUGCUGCUUUUGAGUCACUUUCUGUCGAACUUUGAGUUCAAGUGGCGUUGGGCCGCGUGGUCAUACGUUCUAGAAGCAAACGAAGACGAUCCUCAGCGUCUUUUUGUCUGCGCUGUAAUCGAGCGUUGUGUGCGCCUCUCGUACUUACAACACAUGCAGAGCGUCUUGCCUGCUGAUUUUCACGUGCUUUUGCCUCCAGCACCCAAGCCUCGUAUUCGCUUUCAGUCUACAAAGGAGGGAGAUGAUGCUGGUGUAGCGGUCAAUGAACCCGGUCCUGCGUUGGAGUUCUACCAGUCAGUGACGACGAAGCUGAAAGGCCACCCACCUGCUUCUGCUUUGCGGACUUGGCUAAACGACGAGCUCCCUCGUUUGGAAUUGUCACGCGCAGAAGCUGUGGAAGUGGUGUGGACGUGUAUUUUAGAGGCUGGUGCGGCAACGUUCACACAUAUGCGUUUGUUGUUGGAAAAGUACGGCAAGCGUUAUGAGCUCUUUGGUGGAGAGGAUCAGUCGGGCGAGGAUAUGGAUGCUGACGAACUUGUGUUGGUCAAGACAGUGGCUUCCGUUUGGCUGAAAUCGCCGCAGCACAUUGGUCUGAUUUUAAUUGCAAUGCUGCGUCAAGGUCUUUUUCGUCCAUCUACCGUCAUUACAUGGGUUUUCACCCCUGAUGCUGUGCAGCAGUACAGCUGGCCGUAUGUGUGGGAAAUUUUACACGAUACUCUGAAGUUUGUACAAGAUGCCAUUGGUGCGAAGACGCGGCAGUUAGAGCAGGCUGCGGUGCCGAGAUUGUUGGACGAUUGCGACGAGGACAUGCCUGACAUUGUGAUGCUCGAGGAUGGCUGCAAACGCUUACAGGACGAUUUGCAUCAUCUGCUGUUGCUUCUCUUUAGUGGUUUUAACCGCGUCAUUGCAGAACACAAGGCAGAAUGCGAUACCGAGGGCACAGACCCUCAUGACAAUUGGUUCCGUAGUACUCUGGCACAGAUGCAAGAUAUUGGCAAUCGGUAUCGUAUACCACUUGAAGGUGUUCUUGAUGAACUACAGCUUGAAGUUUUCAAUGUUGGUGCCUUGGCUGAUGCUGAUACUACCAGGAUUUUCCAGCUCAUUCGUGAUUCAUAUUGCAGCCGUCAAUAG